CGGCCGGCCGGCAGGGGGAGGCGGGGGGCGCGGGGCAGCCCCGCCUUUUCCCCGAGGAGGCGCCGGGCGGCCAUAUUGCGGAGCUGUCUGCGGUGGUGGCGGCGCCUCUUGUCUCCGGUGGCCCAGCACUCGCACCACCGCCUCUCCCUCCCUGCCGCAGCCGCGACGCCGGGCGCCGCCGUGCAGCGCCUUAGCCACACGCCGGCAGGCAGGAGCCGCUUGCUCUCCGGAAGGUGGCAACGGAAUUCAUAGAAGUGAAGUAUUUUUAAAGAAGGUAACAAAAAGAGAAGGAAAAUGCCGAAACCAAUCAACGUAAGAGUAACCACAAUGGAUGCUGAGCUGGAAUUUGCCAUUCAGCCCAAUACAACUGGCAAACAACUUUUUGACCAGGCUUUUGCAGCCCAGGAAGACUUGGAAAAGACCAAAGAAGAGUUAAAAACUGCAUUAAGUUCAGAACUAGCCCAAGCCAGAGAUGAAACCAAGAAAACACAAAAUGAUGUUCUUCAUGCUGAGAAUGUUAAAGCAGGCCGUGAUAAGUACAAGACCCUGCGACAGAUCCGACAAGGCAACACAAAGCAGCGUAUUGAUGAGUUUGAAGCAAUGUGAGAGCUGUUAUUUUGCAUACAUGUUCUUCAUAAGCUGAACCACCAACAGAGAAAAGCAGGCCUUUGCAGAUGUGAUGGAAUGCAUCCCACCUUGCCAAAGCACUUAUGUCAGUUUGACUGUGGUGGCUAAAAGACAAAUAUAAGGGGAGCUCUUCAACAUUAAGGCAGUGUGAUGUCAUGCUUGAUUUUCAUUUUCUUUUGGGUCAGGGAAUGGAGAACGGUGUUCCAUCACCUCCCUUCACAUUUUUCACUUUCCAUUUUUUUUUCUGUUGAAGCUUAACAUUAAUGAUCAUGUCUGACAAAUGUGUUUGUUUGAUUUGAGCACUUUGUACAUUUUAAAGGAUAAUGGUGACAUUUUAAUGAGUGUUUUCCUUGCCCCUUCCAUGUUUAACCUACAUAUGUGUCCACAUUCUCUCUCACUUAGCAUUUCUCAGUGUGCCCUUCUCAUAUCCUGCCAUGCCCACAGCCAUAAUUCUGCCAUCAUAGAAAUCAAGCAGUGUUUAAAAUGAUGGUAGGUAGCAGAGUGGAUAGUCUUUGAUCAUUGUGUAGAAGAUGGCUAUGAAUCAUGAAAGAGAUUAGAACAUUUAAUAGUAUAGUAUACAGUUGGUGGUUAAGUUUUUUAAAUCCUAAUUUAAUUCCAUUAUUGGAUAUUUGAUACUUGCUUACUUAACUGCAGUCAUCUUUGACAGCUAAAUUGAUUGGCGUUUCAUCUCCUAUAAUCCUAUGGUGGUUUUCUUUGCUUGCCGAUCCAGAGGUGUAGACAGCAGGUUCCCUAGGAGAGUUUAUUGAUAAAACAGUCUCUGAAAGAUUUUUAAAAGUUUUGCUCUUUCAUAGAUUGAUUUAGAAAAACAAACGAUUAGUAAAAGAAAGUGUACAUUUGUUGGUAAUUGCUUUUAAUGAUUUUAAAAAACCUGGACCUUUCUGGAAUGGUGGCAUAUGAAAACAGCAGCCCCAAGAAGGGGACAGUAAUGUAAUACUACCUCACUACCACACCUGCGAUGACUGGUUGUUAAAACACAAUGGAGUGUGUAAGCUCUGUUUUAUAAUUCAUAGUGAUAGUCUCGAUCAUUUAGGAAUACUUUCGAAAUUUCAUUUUCCUUCAGAAUACCCUAGAGUGCUAAAUUUUUAACUGCCUUUUUGUUGAGUCAAACUGUGGGGCUCUGAUUUGUAUUAAAAUUGUAAGCUCUCACUGAUAUACUAUCUUCCUGGAGGGGUGUCGUAUGGCUGAGGAAGACAGAGAGAGAGAGAGAGAGAGAGAGAGAGAGUGUGUGUGUGUGUGUGUGUGUGUGUGUGUUAGAGAGAUGUUAUCCUUGUAGCAUAUGAAGGUUGUCUAUACCUUCAUUUCUUGAUAUGAUAGUUACGUAAUCAUUUUAGUGUAUUUGGUUUCUAAAUCACUGUGCUUAUUUUUUUUUUCAAUCUCUAAAUAAAAAUACUUAAAUUUGGUUUGUAAAUCCUAUUUUAGAAAUUAUAAUUUUAGUUUACAUUAAUUUCAAUUAAAUCUUACUGAAGAAAUCUUUCCAGUUAGAAAGAUGUUCUAAUAUUCAUAUGUUCUAACAUUUUCUUUGUUGUAAAACACCUAGAUUUGAAGAUACAGAAAGCCUUGUUUUCUCUGUGUGGUUCAGCUACUUUCCAUUUGGUAUUAUGCAUUCAAAUUUACAUUUAUCUAUUAAAAUUGCCAUUUUAUUAAAAAUUUUUCAUGCACAGUAGAUUCAAGUUGUGUCUGAAAAUAUCUCUUGUGCUUUUUUGAUUUUGCUGACUUUAAAAGGAUUAAUCUGGGCAGACAUUAUACAAAGGAAAGUUUGCAUUUAAUAUAUUUUUUGAACUUUGUAGGACAAAAGAUAACUGGUUAACCUUGAAGUGACUGUUGUACUGUGGUUGUGCACAUGCUUCAAAUCCCUGUGGAAGAGAAUGUUUCUACUUGUACAUCAGAGGACUAGAUGGUGGACCCCUACUAGUCAUACUUUGAAACAUAAGUGUUCACCUUAAAGCAAUUGCCAUAAUAAGUGAAAAUCUGGAUUUCCACUGAAUUUUUAUUCAUUUUCCUCAUUUUGAGUCGUGUGUACUACCAUUGCUACAUCAGUUUGAUACAGUGUUGAAAAAUUACCAGUUAUAUUUGCUGUUUAUAAAUCUAUUUGUAGAUUAGGAUUAAAAUGGAUUUAAUCCA